GCCGCGGGCCUGUGCUCCGGCCCUGCCCCUUGAGACGCUUCGGGUGCCCAGCCCGGGCCCGCCAGGAAGCGCGCGCGCCGUCCUCCGGCGAGGCCCGCCCGGGGCCUCAGCGCCGCCCUCCCCGCCCCAGCCGAUGCCUGACCCCGCCGAUGCCCGGCUGCCCCCGGAGGACCGGGUCAGGGGCCUGAUCCAGAUGGGGAGCUGCGUGGAGGUGAACGAGGACGUCCCGCCCCGGAGGUACUACCGCUCCGGCGUGGAGAUGAUCCGGAUGGCAACGAUCUACUCGGAGGAAGGCAACAUCGAGCGCGCCUUCAUCCUGUACAACAAGUACAUCACGCUCUUCAUAGAGAAACUCCCAAAGCAUCGUGAUUACAAAACUGCCGUCAUUCCAGAGAAAAGAGAGACAGUGAAAAAACUAAAAGACGUUGCGUUUCCUAGAGCUGAGGAGCUGAAAAAGGAGCUUUUAGAAAAAUACAACAAAGAAUAUGCAGAAUACAGCGUACAGAAGAAGAAGCAGGAGGAGGAGUUUGCACGCAGCUUGGCUCUGCAACAGCAGCUGGAGGAGGAGAGGCAAAGGGUGGCCCUGAUGAAGCAGCAGCAGGCAGAGCAGGAGCAGUUUAAUGCCUUCGAAGAGAUGAUCAGACACCAAGAGCUCGAGAAGGAGCGCCUGAAAAUUGUGCAGCAGUUUGGGAAGCUAACACCUGACGCCUUAGAGGGGCCCUUGAUACCUGGAGUGGUCAAGCCCCCCACUGACCCAAAGACUCUCGACCCUCCUCCUACACAGGCCUUGAGCCCCAGUGGAGGAGUUGUGCUACCAAAGCCCCCCGUUGUGGACAGGUCCCUGAAGCCUGGAGCUUUGGGGAGCCCAGAAAACAAUGCUACCAUGGAAGGACUUCGCCAUGUCAUUGUCCCCAGGGAACUCUGUCAUAAAUUUCUCCAGCUAGCAGAUGCAAACACAGCAAGGGGUGUGGAGACCUGUGGGAUCCUUUGUGGGAAGCUGGUGAGGAAUGAAUUUACCAUUACCCACGUCAUUAUCCCCAAGCAGUACGGGGGUCCUGACUAUUGCAACACUGAAAAUGAAGAGGAGCUUUUUGUGAUCCAGGAUCAGUACAGCCUUAUCACUUUGGGAUGGAUUCACACACAUCCUACCCAAACGGCAUUCCUUUCCAGUGUGGAUCUACACACACACUGCUCCUAUCAGAUGAUGAUGCCAGAGUCUAUAGCUAUUGUUUGUUCACCAAAAUACCAAGAGACAGGAUUCUUUAAAUUGACAGACCAUGGCAUGGAAGAGAUCUCUUCCUGUAGGCAAAAAGGGUUCCAUCCGCACUGCAAAGACCCCCCUCUCUUUACGACCUGCAACCAUGUGACCAUCGUGGAGCAAGAAGUGGUGGUAUUGGACCUUCGAUAAUAACAGAUGCCUUCAUGCCGAUGUCAGCCAUUAACUGUCCUCCUUUAAGCUAAUUUAGUGUAGUGGACUAUGGCCCUCUAUGCAGUGAUUCUCAAGAUCCUAUUUGUAACACCAAGAGAGUUUUUCAUUCUCUUUGAUCUCGUGCAGUUGUCAAAUUUCAGGGUUGGGGUGAGGACAAAUGAGUGCCGGGGAAACAUGAAAUUAACACUAAAAUUGAUUCAGCUCGUGUCUUGCUGCCAUUCAGGCUUUGCUCCACCAUGCCAUGCUCCAAAGCAUGAAGGCAAGAUCAAGCAAAGGACCUUCAAAAGGCUCUCUGCAAGGCUGCAGGCUCAGGCAACCUUAUCUCUUUGGAUUGUCUCCAGUGCUCUUUAAUAUUGACGGAAGUCUUUAGCGGAUGCCCUGGAAUUUUGGAGUUUCAGGCUCAACAAUGCUGUGCCAACAAUUCAAAGUAAUGUUUGCAUUGGGAAGAAAUUAGUAUGCUGGAAGAAGAUCAUGUCAUCUUGUUUGGUCAGAAAUUCUUUUUAAAAAUGACUGUCCUUCAAGCUUUCUUUUCAGGGAGGAGGUGGUGAGCUUGGGAAAAGAGAAACCAAAGAAGAGGGGGUUGUGGAAUAGCUGCUUUGUUCUACUCUUGCUGAGAUCUACUGCAGGAUGCUGCUGCACAUGGUUUGUGCUAUGAAAAUUCAGUCCCAGCAAGUGACAAAGUGGACUGUUCACUGAAGUAUCUGACUCCAGCUGAGAAUCUUAAGGGUGCAACCCUAUACAUGGAUGGACAGACAAAGGUCCCACAAAGCUCAGCGUUCCCCAGGCAGCAUGACUGGCCAGGGAGGACUUUGUUCUGUUUAAACAUGCAUAGGAUUGCACCCUAAGGUAAUCAUUCCUUUAAGUCAUGCUUUAAAUAAAAGUCUAGACCAGCAACGUAAAUAAAUGCACUGAGGGUCAAUUAA